AUGUUCGGGAUCCAAUUUGAUGCCAUGGGCACUUAUCUCGUCGGAACCCAGACAGAACAAUUACACGUCUCCUUCGAAGAGAUGAUAUCAUGCACCGGAGGAAUCAUCGGUCUCCUCGAAUACGGCAUAACCUGGAAGGUUCUAAAAGGCAUACUCGGCAAUAUUCGAAACCGAUUAUCACGGCGCGCGGACACAUGUCCGGAAACUGAAUCCACAGUUUGGAUUGAUAAUUCAGGGCCCGUGCUUUACGAGAUCCGACACGGAGUCGAAUAUAUUCGAGUUAGUCCACAGGACUUGGAGUCUUCUCGAUUUGGGAAAGCAAUGAAGGACUAUUGGGAUGGGGGCAUGGUUGAGACUGGUGUUGGGUGGAAUAUGCAGAUGAUGAUUGAGGCAUUCUUUGUUGGUCUUUGGAGGGCUUUUUUGCGGUGCAUGAAGCCGAGGAAGCACUGA